AUGGAUUUUAUCGUGAGUUUCCUCUCCUCAUAUACUGUCGCCAUGUCUAAUAUCUCGAUCCAGCUUUCUCUGACGCACUUCUGCGAAGUGCAUGGUCCGACCUCAAUCAUCUGCUCCCAGGUCACCCCAGUUGCCUGUUCACAAUGCCAUCCGGAUGCGGAACAUUCCCCGGAAAACAGCCCGUCCAACUCUCCUCGCCCUAAAUCUCCCGGCACCUCGACGGCCGAUUUCAAUGGCGCAAAGGUCGAAAAGAUUGAAGAUCACCCAUAUUUCAUGCGCCCACAGCCCGCCUCGCCCGAAGAACGAAAUACCCGCGCUGGUGGCGUCGACGGCGACACGUGCGCCAGCUGUAGCUUGUCUCUUCCUGAAGGAGUGAGCAAACAGCUCCCGUCACCCAGUCGCGACGGCAAGUCCAACAAUGGCAGUCCAGUCCUGCGGUCCCGGGAAGUCGUCUACUCAUGCGGCAACAACCACUCUGAUGCCGACGAUCACACCCCCGAUCCUCACGCUCAUGCCUCUCCACCCGAUUCUCUUCACUCCUCCUCAGUCGCCUCCGACUCCUCCUGCCAUUCACAUAUCCUUACCUACCUCUCGCUCCGGGGCCCACCGAACCCCACAGAUUACGCGCUUUUGCGCCGGUCCUCCAUCCGCACACUGAGCUGCGAACUCCUACCCCGCGGUCUCUCCUCCGGACCAAUUUGCUUCGGCGACUCCGUCGCUGGCUACACGAUUGCCUACAUUUUCCGUCUGCCCGACCCGAUGGCCCGGGGCAAACGACGUAGCUAUGCUCUAGUGGCUCUCGCCGGAAAGGAUGCCGGAAGGGCCUUCCGAGCAUGCCCCGUCAUCUGGCGGGCAUUCGGUCGUAUCGCAACGGGAAUUGUGAGCGCAGCGGAACGUUUCCAGGAAGACGAGAAGAAGCGCGAAGAACAAGCUAACCCCGGUGGGAACCCCGGUGGUCGUCAUUUCACGCCUGUGUCCUCUUUCCUAACCGGUCGAGCUACUGACCCGGCCGGACAGCCACGCCGGCUUGGUCAGAUCCGUGCGCGCAAUUUAGCCGAAAUCGUGGGUAAUGAAUACAUUUUUACCGAGAUUCACGCUCACUUUGUUGCGCUCCUUCAACAACUCGGGUCGAUGUUUGGUGGUGUGCCUAUUUCUGAUGAACGCUACGUCUGCAGUACAAUGGGAGAUGAGGAAAGCACUGGCGCCACGCAGCCUGUCCUCGUCUCCGCUGCCGCCCGCUCGAAGCGCAAUUCCACUGCUACCAAAUACGAUGGCAACGACAUCGACAUGUCCAAGCUCGACAUUGCAGGCCCAAAGCCUAUUCCCAUUAACCCUCGCAGGUCCGUCGUGGCCUAG